AUGCAUGGUAUUUCCUUAUCCUCUGCCUCAAGGAUCAUUCAUAUUGUGUGCUCUGCACUUUGUCUCUGUCUCGACAAUAUCAGAUUCCCAACAUCCCAGCAAGAGCUAAAGAAAGUGAAGGACGAGUUCUUCAACAUACAGGGAUUUCCAAAUGUCGUUGGAGCCAUAGAUGGCACACUUGUCCCCAUCCAAGGCAUGGCAGGAUCCGCCCAUGAUUCUUUCAUUCUGGCUUAUUCCUUCUUGCCACAAAUCAUGAGAGGAGUGAAUGGAUGGUUCCUGGGUGAUUCUGGCUAUCCACUGAAGAAAUGGUUGCUGACACCAUUUGCCCAGCCAUCCAACCAGCAGGAGCAGCGGUACAACUCCUCCCAUUGCUCGACGAGGAAUACUGUUGAGAGAGCUUUUGGCGUUCUCAAGAGCAGAUUUAGAUGCCUUCACAAAACAGGUGGUAGCCUGCAAUUCAAGACAGAGAAGUGCAUCAAAUUCAUUGAAUGCUGCUUUAGUCUUCACAACAAGGCCAUUAGUGAGAGGGUGCCCCUGCAAGCAGGGAACAAUGCUGUGCCAGUGUACCACAACCACGAUCUAUAA